UCGUGUAGGUUUGCAACCGAGCAGGGUCCCAUACCAAUUUGGAGACAUGGCGCAUUUCCAGAACCACUACGCCAGCCCGGCGGGCAGUCGGACCGACGAGUAUGGCAACCCGAUCCGUCCGGCGGACGAAUACGGGAACCCAGUUUACCCGGGCACCGGGCACGGCGUCGGGGCGGAGCAUGGCAAGGAGCACCACACUCUAGGCGGCAUGCUCCGUCGCUCGGGAAGCUCCAGCUCUAGCUCUAGCUCCUCCGAGGACGAUGGGCACGGAGGGAGGAGGAAGAAAGGGAUCAAAGAGAAGAUAAAGGAGAAGCUGCCGGGCCGCCAUGACGACACGCCGUCCCACACCACCGCGAGCACCACGCCAACCGGUUACCAUGCCACGGGGGAGCCGCACGAGAAGAAGGGGGUCAUGGACAAGAUCAAGGAGAAGCUCCCCGGCAGUCACCAUCACCACUGAAAUCGGAUUCGACGGGACUCGACGAAGUCCGCGCGGAACCUUAUCGCUUUCGACGAUCGAGUUCGACACAGUAGAGAUACCGAGACUCGUGUAAUAAUGCCCCGUUUGUACAGUACAGUCUGUUCUCGCGAGUAGCUCUCUUCCAUGUGAUCACAUAUGUAAGAGGUUCUGUCUUUAUAUUUAGGUGUCGUAAAGAGAAUGAUGUAUCCUUUCCGUUCGCAUCUGGGUCGAACUUUGUAGUGUAUUUCUAUUUUCUUUA